AUGCUGGCGGCCGUACAGAGUCUCUUCACCUGCAGCGUCCUUCCUGCGGAUGUGGCAAAGCCCAAGGAGGAGCGUGAGGUACCCCAGUGGACAAAGGGCAACUUUCAGUACAACUGGAUCGGCAUCUACAUCAUCGGCGUGCCAACGCUGUUUGUGCUGCUUGGCCUGUACCUGCACAUCCCGCUAUCCCCCUCGCUUCUGCAGUGGCUUAUAUUCUUUGGUGUUGUCACUGGAAUGGUGGGGGUGACGUCCGGCUAUCAUCGCCUCUUCUCCCACGGAGCUUUCACCGGCGGGCAGGCAAUGCAGUGGACGUGCGCCUUCGUGGGUGCUGGGGCGUUCCAGGGUUCCAUCAAGUGGUGGGCUCGAAAUCACCGCGUCCACCACAAGUAUACGGAUACCUGCAAGGACCCCUACAACGCGCAUCGUGGCUUCUUCUUCACGCACUUCGGCUGGUUCGUCAUGCGCAUGGACUACGAGCUGCUCGGCGACGCGGAUGUGUCGGACCUGAAGGACAACCUUGUCGUGGAGUUUCAGCGCAAGUACUUUGCCGUUAUCGCUACCAUCACAGGGAUCCUGAUCCCCCUCGUAGUGGCUGGCGCAACCACUGGGGAGUGGUUGGGUGCGUUUUUCUGGGUGGUGUGGCUCAAGAUCUUCCUCGUGCACCAGUUCUCUUUCUUAAUCAACAGCCUCGCGCACACGCGCUUCUUUGGCGCCACGCGGCCGUACUCGGAUGACUUGACCCCGCACGACUCCACCCUCUUAGCGAUCAUCAACCUCGGCGAGGGCUACCACAACUUUCACCACCAAUUCCCGAACGACUACCGCAACGGUCAUCUGUGGCACCACAUUGACGUAACGAAGUGGUACAUCUUUCUCUGCAGCUUUCUGGGCUUUUGCGAUAACUUACAGCGGGCCCCGCGCGCCGUGAUCGACCGCGCCGCCGCGAUGCAGGCUGUGCGAACGCACGAGCGCGGGUUGGUGGAAGCAGCGAAUGAGGUGAGGCGGCUGGAGGUGCCAGCGACCGUGGAGUACACGUGGGACGACGUACGCGCGGAGGUGAGACAGGGCCGCAAGCUGAUUGUGAUGGACGGCUACGUGCUGGAUAUUGAGCAGCCAAUCCCCGUGGACCCUGCGUGGGCGCAGACGGACAAGAUCAACUGGAUGAACACGCACCCUGGUGGACGUGCGCUGCUGCUUGCAUAUGUGGGCAAGGACGCGACGGCCGCCUUCAACGGUGGCGUGUACGGCCAUACGAUGGGGGCGCGCAACUACCUGCCGGAGCUGCGCGUGGGUUGCAUAAAGGAGCCCCCGGUGCCCGCAGCGUCUGGCAAGACGGUGAGUGGCGCUGGUCGCUUGGGGGUGGUGAAAUAUACUACCGCAUAA